CAUCCCCAAUGUGAUGCUUAAGGACAGCUUUGAACCCAUUCACCCUGACCCUCUGAGUUGCACGCUCAGGGAGCUCAGUGCACCAUGAAACAAAAACAAAAGGUGCCUUUUGCAAGAAACUGGAUGAAACAAGUAGUCUGCUUUUCUGGAGCUCACAGUCUGCCCUUCCUUUUUUUUUUUUUGAGACAGAGUUUCGCUCUGUCGCCCAGGCUGGAGUGCAGUGGUGCGAUCUCGGCUCACUGCAAGCUCAGCCUCCCGGGUUCACGCCAUUCUCCUGCCUCAGCCUCCUGAGUAGCUGGGACUACAGGCUCCCACCACCCUGCCUGGCUAAUUUUUUUUUGGUAUUUUUAGUAGAGACGGGGUUUCACCAUGUUAGCCAGGAUGAUCUCAAUCUCUUGAUCUCGUGAUCCACCUGCCUUGGCCUCCCAAAGUGCUGGGAUUAUAGGCAUGAGCCACCGCGCCCGGCUUGCCCUUCCUUUUAUUGCUGGGCAGGGGUGGCAUGAGGGGUGGUACAUUGGCAGAGCCCCCAUAUGCACGCCUACUACCCAGCCCUCACCUCUUGGCCCUCCCUGCUAGGAGACAUGCUGGCUGAUGCCAUCAACUGCUUGGGAUUCACUUGGGCAUCCAGCCCUGCGUGUACAGAGCUGGAGAUGAACAUCAUGGACUGGUUGGCAAAAAUGCUGGGACUUCCAGAGCACUUCUUGCACCACCACCCCAGCAGCCAGGGCGGAGGCGUCCUGCAGAGCACGGUCAGUGAAUCCACUUUGAUUGCCCUGCUGGCAGCAAGGAAGAACAAAAUCCUGGAAAUGAAAACGUCUGAGCCCGAUGCUGAUGAGUCCUGCCUAAAUGCCCGACUCGUGGCCUAUGCCUCUGACCAGGCUCACUCCUCUGUGGAAAAGGCUGGUUUGAUUUCCCUUGUGAAGAUGAAAUUUCUGCCUGUGGAUGACAACUUCUCACUCCGAGGGGAAGCUCUCCAAAAGGCCAUCGAGGAAGACAAGGAGCGGGGCUUGGUGCCUGUCUUUGUCUGUGCAACACUAGGGACCACUGGGGUCUGUGCAUUUGACUGCCUGUCAGAGCUGGGCCCCAUCUCCAAAGCACAUCAUCCUUGCAGCCCAACACUCAGCUUGGCCAGGUGCGAGACACCUUUCCCCACUUCAUGCCUCCCCUCCGGCCAGCUGAUGUUUGCCUCCUCAGGUGCCCGUGAGGGGCUGUGGCUCCACAUCGAUGCUGCUUAUGCAGGCACUGCCUUCCUGUGCCCUGAGUUCCGGGGGUUUCUGAAGGGGAUUGAGUAUGCCGACUCCUUCACCUUUAAUCCUUCCAAGUGGAUGAUGGUGCAUUUUGACUGUACUGGGUUCUGGGUCAAGGACAAGUACAAGCUGCAGCAGACCUUCAGUGUGAAUCCCAUCUACCUCAGGCAUGCCAACUCAGGCGUGGCCACCGACUUCAUGCACUGGCAGAUCCCCCUGAGCCGACGGUUUCGCUCUAUUAAACUCUGGUUCGUGAUUCGGUCCUUCGGGGUGAAGAAUCUUCAAGCACAUGUCAGACAUGGUACUGAAAUGGCUAAAUAUUUUGAAUCUCUGGUCAGAAAUGACCCUUCCUUUGAAAUUCCUGCCAAGAGGCACCUUGGCCUGGUGGUUUUUCGUCUGAAGGGUCCUAAUUGUCUCACAGAAAAUGUGUUAAAGGAAAUAGCUAAAGCUGGCCGUCUCUUCCUCAUCCCGGCCACUAUCCAGGACAAGUUAAUCAUCCGUUUCACUGUGACAUCCCAGUUUACCACUAGGGAUGACAUCCUGAGAGACUGGAAUCUCAUUCGAGAUGCUGCCACUCUCAUCCUGAGUCAGCACUGUACUUCCCAACCCAGCCCUCGGGUUGGGAACCUCAUCCCCCAAAUCACGGGCGCCACAGCCUGGGCUGGUGGAACGUCCCUUCAGUCUGUCAGUGGGGCAGGAGAGGAUCCAUUCCAGGCCAGGAAGAUCAUCAAGCAGCCUCAGCGUGAGGGAGCCGGUCCCAUUAGAAGGGAAAACGGCCUCCAUCUUGAAACUCUGCUGGACCCAGUUGAUGACUGCUUUUCAGAAGAGGCCCCGGAUGCCACCAAGCACAAGCUGUCCUCCUUCCUGUUCAGUUACUUGUCUGUGCAGACCAAGAAGAAGACGGUGCGCUCCCUCAGUUGCAACAGCGUGCCAGUGAGUGCUCAGAAGCCACUGCCCACAGAGGCCUCUGUGAAGAAUGGGGGCUCCUCCAGGGUCAGAAUCUUUUCCAGGUUUCCAGAAGAGAUGAUGAUGCUGAAGAAAAGUGCCUUCAAAAAACUCAUCAAAUUCUACAGCGUCCCCAGCUUUCCUGAAUGCAGCUCUCAAUGUGGGCUCCAGCUGCCCUGCUGCCCUCUGCAGGCCAUGGUUUAGACCCAGGGUCUUCAGCCAGAGUCUGAGGAUAUACUUCAUGGACUCUGUGAACCCCUCACAAUUGUAUGCCAACUUUGUGUGCUUAUGUGUACUUGCAUUUUUCUUGGGGCGAGUUCAUAAUUUUAAUCAAAUUCUCAUAGGGGUUCAUGACCCACAAUAGGAUACAAACGAAGAGUUUAAGCCAGCAUGAUCCAGGCGGGUUCAGCAGCCUGGUCAGCGAGAAAAGGCUGAGGGUAGACAGGCAGCUUCUGUGGUUCAGCUUGUGACAUGAAAUAUAACACAGAAAUAAAUUAUGCUUGUCCCUGAAACAAAACAUAUCCUGUGUCACUUGAUUGGCUGCUGAAACAUUGAUUAAUUAACCAGUCUGGGAGCUUAAAUGCAUGUACUGUUUUUUGAAGCAUCAAUUAUGAGUCAGGCACUGUGGCUCAUGGUUCAUAAAUGAGGAAACCAACGUUUAGGUCACACAGCUUUAAAUAGGCAAACCCAGGUCUCCUGGCUUCCAGUGAAGCCCAGGCUGUUUCCACCAUGCAGUACUGCUCAAGGUUGGACCUGAACAGGAGCUCACAGCCCAGCAGGCCACUCUGGUCCUCCAGUACAUUUAAAUGUUUCCUUUCUAGGUUUGGAACUUGUACAUUUUCCCCUUUUUUUCCUGGACCCUGUAGUCAAAUAAAAGCUAUGCUCACAAGUGGCUUGCCCA